AAAAAGAAGAAGAAGAAGAAGUAAAGAAAAAGAGCAAUGAGAAUGGGUACCCAAAACCCUCUACAAACGCUUUUCUCCAAAACCUUUCUUCCACUUUCUCUCCCCAAAACCCUACUCUCUCCCUCCGGUUUCCACCGCCACCGUGCCUUCACCGUCCGCGCCUCCCAAAAUUACGACUUCGACCUCUUCACUAUCGGCGCCGGAAGCGGCGGCGUCCGCGCCUCUCGUUUCGCCGCCAAUUACGGCGCUUCAGUCGCUAUCUGCGAGCUCCCUUUCUCCACCAUCUCCUCCGAAACCACCGGUGGGGUCGGCGGAACCUGUGUGCUACGUGGAUGCGUGCCGAAGAAGUUGCUAGUGUACUCAUCAAAAUACUCUCAUGAAUUUGAAGAGAGUAACGGUUUUGGAUGGAGAUAUGACAGUGAACCCAGGCAUGAUUGGAGUACUUUGAUGGCUAAUAAGAAUGCUGAGUUGCAGCGUCUUAAUGCUAUCUAUAAGAAUGUUCUGAAUAAUGCUGAUAUCAAAUUCAUUGAAGGCCGUGGAAAGAUUGUAGGUCCUCACGAAGUUGAUGUUAAUGGAAAGCUAUAUUCAGCAAAACACAUUUUAAUUUCUGUUGGGGGUCGCCCCUUUAUUCCUGAUAUUCCUGGAAGGGAGUAUGUGAUAGAUUCAGAUGCUGCCCUUGAUUUGCCUUCAAAGCCUGAGAAAAUAGCUAUUGUUGGUGGUAGUUACAUUGCCUUGGAGUUUGCUGGUAUCUUCAAUGGUUUGAAAAGCGAGGUUCAUGUAUUUAUAAGACAAAAAAAGGUUUUGAGGGGAUUUGAUGAAGAGAUUAGGGAUUUUGUUGCAGAACAGAUGUCUCUUAGAGGUAUUGAAUUCCAUACUGAGGAAUCUCCUCAAGCCAUCGUGAAGUCAGCUGAUGGAUCAUUGUCUUUGAAGACCAACAAGGGUACAGUUGAUGGUUUCUCACACAUUAUGUUUGCAACAGGACGCAGACCUAAUACCAAGAAUUUAGGGCUGGAGUCUGUUGGAGUGACUACGGCUAAAACAGGUGCUAUAGAGGUUGAUGAAUACUCCCAAACAUCGGUUCCUUCAAUUUGGGCAGUUGGAGAUGUUACAGAUAGGUUAAAUCUCACUCCAGUUGCUUUGAUGGAGGGCGCAGCAUUAGCAAAAACGCUGUUUCUGAAUGAGCCAGCAAAACCUGAUUAUAGAGCUGUUCCUUCUGCUGUUUUUUCCCAGCCACCAAUUGGACAAGUUGGUCUUACAGAGGAACAGGCUGUAGAACAGUAUGGUGAUGUUGACAUCUUCUCAGCAAAUUUUAGGCCACUAAAGGCUACACUGUCUGGUUUACCGGACCGGGUUUUUAUGAAAUUAGUAGUUUGUGCAAAAACAAAUAAAGUUCUGGGAUUGCACGUAUGUGGAGAAGAUUCGCCUGAAAUUGUGCAGGGAUUUGCUGUUGCUAUUAAAGCUGGUUUGACUAAGGCAGACUUUGAUGCCACCGUGGGCAUUCACCCAACUGCAGCUGAGGAAUUUGUCACCAUGAGGACUCCCACUAGGAAGAUUCGAAAGAGCCAUCCUUCUGAGGGAAAAACAGAUUCUGAGGUAAAAACUGGAGCAGGGACUUCACAUUAUUAACCCAAUUGUUAUACUUAAGGAAACCAGCUGGUGCUUAAGGCUAUGGUUGGAUUGAUAGAAGGAGAUGGAACGCAGGGGAAUGAAAUGAAAUAGCAUAAAUUGUCAUUAUUUAGAUUGUUUUAAAAAGGAUAGGAAUGGAAUGAUGGAAUCUAUUCUAUCUCUCCAUCCCAUAUCUCUGCCCUUUUUCUCCUCCAAAUUGGAGGGUAAGGAAUGGCACUAAAUUGUAUUUUUAUCAUUUUAAUAGGAAAUUUAUCCUUAUUACCUUCUCCUUGCUCGUUGGUGUCGUCGUCAGCUUCUUGCUGUGGUCAUAGCUCGUCGUUCCUUCACAAUGACAUGGUGUUGGAUUUUCUUACUAUGAUGUGAAUAUUGGAGAGUUCAACUG